CUGUAAAUCCUUUUUGUUCUUCGACGUGUUUAAGGAUUACUCAUGGGACAGGGUGUCAGUCACAGCCGAAGACGCAGAAAAAGCCCAACCCCGCCGCCACCUUCGCCGCCACCUUCGCCGCCACCACAGCCACCGCCUCCACCUUCGCCGCCGCCAUCCUCUCCCUCUCCAUCUCCACAGAAAUCCCCAGAAAAGUCACCGCCGAGACUGUGGAAAUCCACCGAGCCUUUCGUCUUCCCAGAAACCCAAUCCACAGUUCUUCCAAAUCCUUCCAAUUUCUUCGCCCCUCACCUUCUCUCAAAUCCCCUGCCCACCAAUUCUUUCUUCCAGAACUUUGUUCUCAAAAAUGGCGAUCAGCCUGAGUACAUUCACCCAUAUCUCAUUAGAUCUUCCCAGCAAGCACUCACUCUCUGUUACCCCUCUAAUUUCAACAGUCCUUCUUUCACUUACCAAAUUUUCAGCGCAGAUCUCACCAUAACCACCUUAAGUAAACCCCAACCCGAUGCCCAUAUCAUUUCUUCAUUCAAUGAUCUCAGCGUCACAAUUGACUUCCCCGGCAACAAUCUUAAGUUCCUUCUGGUUAGGGGAUGCCCUUUCGUGACAUGCAGCAUGGACAAGAAAGUAGAACUUACCCUUUCAACCAUUCGCGAAAUUCUUGAAUGUUGCUCGCAGUACAAUCAGACAAAACACAUCAUUAAGCUCAGCAACAACCAGACUUGGCUGUUAUAUGCUUCUUCCCCCAUAAACUUGACUCACAAUACAUCUACAAUCACUUCUACUUCAUUUUCAGGUAUAAUUAGGAUCGCUCUAUUGCCUAAUCCCGACCCGAAAUCUGAAGCCAUCCUCCACCGAUUCAGUGCUUGUUAUCCUAUAAGCGGCGAAGCUUUUUUCUCCAGGCCAUUUUCUGUGGAGUAUAAAUGGGAAAAGAAAGGCCGGGGAAAUUUGCUAAUGCUUGCACACCCUCUCCAUCUUAAGCUUCUUUCAGAUACUGAUUGCACAGUUAGUGUUUUGGAAGCAUUGAAGUAUAACAGUAUUGAUGGUGACCUAGUGGCUGUUGUUGGAGAUUCAUGGGUUCUGAGAAGUGACCCAAUUUCUGUCACCUGGCAUUCAAUUGAAGGUUUCAGCCGUGAGGAAUCACGCGCUGAGAUUAUCUGUGCACUUAAAAGAGACGUUGAGGCUCUCGAUUCGAAGGCUGUGAUAAACACAUCAUCUUAUACUUAUGGAAAGUUUAUUGCCAGGGCUGCAAGGUUGGCAUUGAUUGCUGAAGAAGUUUGCUGUUUUGAUGUUAUUCCAGUGGUUCAGAGUUUCUUGAAGGGUUCAAUUGAGCCAUGGUUAAAUGGGAGUCUUGAAGGUAAUGCAUUCUUGUAUGAAUCCAAAUGGGGUGGCAUUGUUACUAAACAGAGUUUGUCAGACACUGGAGCAGACUUUGGGUUCGGAAUCUACAAUGACCACCAUUACCAAAUUGGCUACUUUAUCUAUGCAAUUGCAGUUCUUGCCAAGAUUGAUUCUGGGUGGGGAAGAAGGUACAAGCGCCAAGCUUAUUCCCUUGUGGGGGAUUACAUGAAUUUGGGGAGGCGAGAGGGAUCGCAUUAUCCAAAGCUGAGAUGUUUCGACCUGUGGAAACUCCAUUCCUGGGCUGCAGGGUUGACAGAAUCUGCAGACGGGCGAAACCAGGAGAGCACCAGUGAGGCCAUAAACGCAUAUUAUGCCGCAGCUUUGAUGGGAUUAGUAUAUGGAGACCCAAAUCUUGUGGCAAUCGGGUCUACCCUUUCCGCCAUGGAGAUUCUGUCAGCUCAAACAUGGUGGCAUGUGAGAGAGGAUCCAGAGAACAGUGUAUACACACAGGAAUUCAGGAAGAACAACCGCGUGGUGGGCGUUUCGUGGGCUAACAAAAGAGACAGCGGCCUGUGGUUUGCGCCCCCGGAAUGGCGAGAGUGCAGGGUGGGAAUUCAGGUUUUGCCAUUACUUCCGAUCAGCGAAACCCUGUUUUCUGAUAUCCAGUUUGUGAAACAACUGGUGCAGUGGACUGAGCCGGUCCUGAGUAGGGACGGGGUGGAAGAUGGGUGGAAAGGAUUUGUGUAUGCGUUGGAAGGAGUGUAUGAUAAAGAGGGGGCUCUGGGGAAGAUAAGGAACUUGAAUGGAUAUGAUGAUGGGAACUCGCUCACAAAUCUUCUAUGGUGGAUUCACAGUAGAGACGAUAUUGGGGAGGAAAGUGAUAGAGCAAGGAAGUUGUGCUGGUCUCGUCACUAUAAUCACUAAAUCAGUCCCAUCAAAUCAAUCUGUUUGUGUAUGAUAAAUUAUAUAUUCAUGUAUAUAUCCCUUAGUAGAUUUAUGCACUGAAAUAAAAUCACUCUUAUGUGAUA